AUGGGCCUAGUGGGUCUGGAGGACCCAGCGCCGGACGCAACACCGGAUGGGAGCAGGACCAGACCCAAGACCAGACCCAACACUGGACCCAACACCGGACCCAAGACUAGACCCAAGACCAGACCCAACACAAAACCUAACAUCAUACCUGACACCAAACCCAAGACCAGACCCAACACCGGACCCAACACUGGACCCAACACCGGACCCAAGACCAGACCCAAGACCAGACCCAAGACCAGACCCAACACAAAACCCAACAUCACACCCAACAUCAUACCCAACACCAAACCCAACAUCACACCCAUAACCAAACCCAACAUCAUACUCAACACCAAACCCAACAUCACACCCAACACCAAACCCAACAUCACACCCAACACCGGACGUCGCAUGGUGGAGGGAAUCUAG